GAAGGUGGGCGUGGGGAUGACAGGUGAAGGACUCAGCUCUGCAGCUGCUCGAAGGUUCCGAGUGAAAGAAAACAGCAGUAUCUUCUGGCUUCGCUUCUGGUUUAUAUACAGACAGGUUCACCUCACUCAGACCCCCAGAAGCUGGGCCAGUGGAGCUAGCUUUUCACUCAGCACAAGCACAAGCUCCUAAGUGGAGUUUUCUGGCCAACAAAGAAGACUGCUGACCUCAAAGAAGACCUGCUGCCUGCAGGGGGGUCUACGUGUGUUUGGGUGCGUGUGUAUGUGUGUGUGUGUGUGUGUGUUAUGGCAGCAUCUCAGUUUCCCGACUCAGGAGAGCAUGCUAGUGACAGCAGCGGCUGCCAUGUUGAAGUGACUGUAGCGGACAGUUCCCAGGCCACGCCCCCUAGACAGACCCACCCUGCAUCAGAUACACUUGACAGCGUUCGUAAAGGAGAUGAACGGCCCUCGCGACUGUCCCGCAGUUUUGCGAAGGUUCUGCGUAAGAACCAGGAUUACAUCCGUAUCACCAUUCCAGUGACCAGGCUGGACAGGCUGCCCCCGGAGUGGUGGAAAACAGGCUUGGUCUUCAUGUGGGCGGGGUUUAACCUGUUCUGCACCACAGUUAUGAUCACCGUGGUCAAUGAUAGAGUUCCCAAUAAGUCAGAGAACCCGCCGCUGCCAGAUAAGUUCUUUGACUACAUUCCUCGCCAGGAGUGGGCCUUCAAGGUCACUGAGGUCAACGGCAUGAUCCUGGUCACAGCCUGGUUCUUUCAGUGGCUCUUCCUCAAACACAGAUCCAUCGUAGGGCGGAGAUUUUUCUUCCUGAUGGGGACGCUCUAUCUGUACCGCAUGGUCACCAUGUACAUCACCACAUUGCCUGUUCCAAGUAUGCACAUGAACUGUGCUCCCAAGCUGGAUGGUGACUCCAUAGGUAUGGUUCAUCGUGUUCUACAAUUGCUCUCUGGAGGAGGUCUCACCAUCACUGGCUCUCACAUGAUGUGUGGAGAUUUUCUUUACAGUGGACACACAGUCAUGCUCACGCUGACCUUCCUCUUCAUCAGAGAGUACUCCCCUCGCUCAUUGUGGUGGUAUCACCUCAUUUGCUGGCUUCUAAGCGCAGUGGGCGUGGUCUUUAUCCUCGUGGCUCAUGAGCACUACAGUGUGGAUGUGGUUGUGGCGUACUUCAUCACAUCGCGGCUCUUCUGGUGGUAUCACACUAUGGCCAACAACCAGUCUCUGAGGGACUCACCUCAUAACUAUCUGAACAGGGUGUGGUGGAGCUACUUCUUCAGGUUCAUGGAGAGAAACGUUAGAAGUACGGUUCCCUGCACGUUCUCCUGGCCCGUACAACCGCCUACUGCCUGCUUCAAAAUGCCCUGUGGAAGAUACUCCAUAGUCCAGAGCAUUCGUGAAGAGUAAGGACUUUGUAACAGUGUGCUGCAUAUUAUAGUAUGACCUGCAGGUGUUUCGCUCACACACAGCAUUGUUUUGAAGACUGUGAGGCUGCGUGUGUGUGUGUGUGUGUGUGUGUGUGUGUGUUCAUGUGUUUAAGUGCCCAAAAAAAGCGGGAAAAAGCAAUAACAGCAGUCUAGUGGGGUGUGUAAGGUGCUGCAUAUUUUUUUACAUCGAAAUAGUUUUAUUUCUUAGUUUGAAGCAUUAAAAUUGUGUGUGUGUGUGAGAGUGUGUGUGUGUGUGAGAGUGUGUGUGUAUGAGAGUGAGUGUGGGUGUAUGAGAGUGUGGGUGUAUGAGAGUGUGGGUGUGUGAGAGAGUGGGUGUGUGAGAGUGUGGGUGAGAGUGAGUGUGAAUGAGAGAGUGUGUAUGAGAGUGUGUGUGUAUGAGAGUGAGUGUGUGUGUGUGAGAGUGUGUGUAUGAGAGUGUGUGUAUGAGAGUGUGUGUGUGAGAGUGUGUGUGUAUGAGAGUGAGUGUGUGUGAGAGAGUGGGUGUGUGAGAGUGUGGGUGAGAGUGAGUGUGAAUGAGAGAGUGUGUAUGAGAGUGUGUGUGUGUGAGAGUGAGUGAGUGUGUGUGUGUGUGAGAGAGAGUGGGUGUAUGAGAGUGUGGGUGUGUGUUUGAGAGAGAGUGGGUGUGUGCACUUAACAUGUACAGGCAUAUCACGCAAUGGCUACUUCCCAAAUCACACACACACACUGCUAUUGUGCUCAAUGAUUUUAAACCACUACUUCACACACUCUCUCUCUCAUACACUCAUAUACACCCCUGUUCUCUUAGUAGUGUGUUCUGUGGCUGUCUGCAUGUCUGCGGUGAUGAAGGAAGUGUGUUUUAUUUGAAUGGUGUGUGUAUGUGUGUGUGUGUGUUUGGACUAUGUACCUCAGUCCUGUGAUUUGUUUACGGUUAACCAUGCAGAGAGUAAGAUCAGCCAGACAUUUAUUUCCUGAAGUUACUGAAGAGACUGUUUAUCCCUGUGUACUUUUUUUUUGUUUCACUUUAAUGAUCUGUUGCCUUAAAAUAAAAAUGUAUAAUAUUACUGUUGCUGUAUGACUAAUGUAAAAAUAAUAAACUAUUUUUCUAUGAA